AUGGAUAUUUUCAAUGAUUCACUAAAUGUCCGUCGUAAUGAAACGGUUUGCUGUCUGAUUGGUUUUGGUAUUGGUGUCGGUUGCUGUAUUCUAUAUCGAUUGAUAUCAAAUUUUUUGACGCCUUCGAUCAAUAUUAUCCCAAGCCAGAAUGUCAAAACGUCGAUGCCAUCGAUUGCAGAGCGCAAACGCGAACGUUCGCUAAGUAUUAAAUAUGAAGAAGAGAAUCGUGAACGAAGUAACACGAAUGCAGACGAAAUGACUUGGUCAGAAAUGUCAUCAUCAUUGAGUACUGUCAAUCUACUUCAUGAUUCGUACCAUUCCAAUUCAUUGACGGGAGAUUCGGGCGUGGAUUGUCCGGAAAUUCCAAUACGAAAUCACCAUGUACACCACGAUGAUGAAACACGAAAAUAUGAUUCCGAUUCCGGAAUUCAUCAUGAUACACAGAAAGUGACUGAAACUCAAAUGAUGUCCUACAUAUCGACAGAAAAGGGCUUAGAACGUGCAUUGGAACAAACGAGUCGAUUCUACACUGAUCUAGAACACAUUGCACUCGAUCUUGGCACAUUAACAAAACGGUAUUCACACUCAGAAUCAUCGUUAGUUCGUCCAUCGAUCGAUGCAUUGGACUGGGAUUGGCUUGAUGAUAUGCAUUCACCAACAGUUCAAUCACCUAAAACAAUCUCUCGUAAGCAUCACUGUCUUCGUUCGAGUAAUAAAUCGAAACUCCGGCGAAGGAUCAACAUGAAUAUGAAUCAAACAGAGUACAACGAAUCCGAUCAAGAAAAUCGUUCAUUCGAUCUUUCAACUUCACCGCUAAGACGAAGACACAGUUCAGUCUACUUUGGUUCAACUGAUAAUUCAAGUGAUGAAGAUAACGGCGGAAAUGAAACUUUACAAAUCAAAUCCUAG